UUGACGGAGCCGCUGUUUGCGCACAGAGCUGCGUGUUGUGUCACAUCACCAAGGAAACGCUUGACAAUAAAGGAGCGUGCAGGAGAUCUGUCCGCAAGUUCAGUUCACGCUGUCAGCAGCAGGAUGUCGUUCCCAUGGACCUUCUCCUCUCCUCCGUUCCACUACAUGCUGCGUGCGUCUGGGCAGAGUGAGGUAUGGAGCGACACACAGCCGGAGGACAAGUUCCAUCAGUACGGCUGGCGCUGCGGAACCAGCGAGGACGGAUAUGGUACCGGGACUCUGAUCGGUAACUGGGUCGAACAACAAAAAGAUAUCACUCAAUACCGGAAAGCCAGACCCCUACCAUCACAGUUCUCUCACUACUUUGACUCCACCUACUCCUCCUCCUAUAACCGUGAAGAGAAGAGACCCAUCUACAGCUUGAGGAAGGAGUCCAAGAGUUCCCCGGGCCACCAGCUGGAGUUAGACCUCCCCCCAACAACUCCUGCUACCGGAGGGACUACCCCAACACCAGUCCCACACCACACCCCGUCAGGGACUGUGAAGCUGCAGGAUGCCAGGGUACAGCAGGAGAACACAGCAGGCAGAGCAGCAUCCUUCUGACCCCUCAAUAAAUACUGAUAAGAGUGGUUCACUUAGUAGCGUAUCAGUGAAUGUGGACUACAAUGUGUGUGUGUUUACUGUAUUUGCAGCCUUUGGAGCCAAACAUUAUUUUGGAUCAACUCCCCCUGUUCCCUCUCUUACCCCAUCUCCCCUCGUCCCCUCGCUCACUCCUACUCUACCCCCCCUCACACACUCUCUCCCUCCCUCUGUCUCUCUCUCCUCCCCUUACCCUGUCUAUCUCUCUCCACCUCCCCCUCCCCUUACCCUGUCUAUCUCUCUCCACCUCCCCUCUCCCCCUCCCCCUACCUUGUCUCUCUCUCCACCUCCCCUGUCUCUCUCUCUCUCCACCUCCACCUCCCCUGUCUCUCUGUCUCCACCUCCCCCUCCCCUGUCUCUCUCUCUCCACCUCCACCUCCCCUGUCUCUCUGUCUCCACCUCCCCUUCCCCUGUCUCUCUGUCUCCACCUCCCCUCCCCUGUCUCUCUCCCCCUCCCCUUCCUCUGUCUCUCUCUACCUCCCUCACCCCUGUCUCUCUCUACCUCCCCCUCCCCUGUCUCUCUCCACCUCCCCCUCCCAUGUCUCUCUCCACCUCUCCCCUCUCAAAUACCAUUGUAGUUUUCUUAGUUUUUUUGUAAAUUCUUUCAAAGUGUCAAGUAAACCUCUUUUUGUUUUCUCA